AUGGAAACAGCAACCCUAAUUGCCAUCUCUAUAUCUGGUUUAAUUGUAAGUUUUACUGGGUAUGCCUUAUAUACUGCUUUUGGGCAACCCUCUCAACAACUAAGAGAUCCAUUCGAAGAACAUGGAGACUAG